UAGCAGGCAAAGGAAACGCACAAGAAUAUGUGUCCCGACAAUCAGCUACUCAGAUAGCAUCUAAAUUGGAGGCUCUCAAAUCUCCACGUGUCGACAAUGUACGCAACCACGUCAUCAAUUUCUUCCUUCCUUUUCCACGGUGCUACCAAGUACCAACCACUCGAGUCAGACAGAGACAACGCCCAGCUCCAUGGAAACUUUCUCGCCACAUUUUCCCAAUAAAAGUUUUCCGAACGACAAUUGAAAAGAAACAGAGAAUCAGUCCGAGGCAGAGAGAUUAUGACGACUUUGAUCAGAAAAGUGUGGGAGUCGGUGUCGAGCCGCAAGGGCUCGAACUCGGAGUCAACGUCAUCGUCAUCGUCAUCUUUGGCGACGUCCUCGACGGCGUGUUUGGGGGCGUUCGAUCGGGUACCGAUAGACCUACUGAUGCAAAUCGUGAGAUUGGUGGGGCCCAAGGAAGCAGCGAAAUUGAGCGCUGUAUGCAAAGCCUGGAGGUGUCUGAUCUCAGACAAUGAGCUGUGGAUUUUCUUUCUACAGAAUCAGAAGGAGCAGGAAGAGCCUCACUGGGAUUCCUUUCUUUUCUCUGAAACCCAUUUGAGAUACGGUUACCCACUUCAACCAUUCUGGAGUCAGAUGCCCCAAUUGUCCUUCAUGGCUAUUUAUGGCCAACGAGAGCAAGUUCCUGGUUCUGUUAUCAUUGAUGGGGGCUCUGGCUAUUGCAAGUUUGGCUGGAGUAAAUAUGCUUGCCCAUCUGGGCGGUCAGCAACCUUUUUGGAGUUUGGUAACGUUGAGUCUCCAAUGUACUCUAGACUCCGCUACUUCUUUGUUACUAUUUACAGCAGGAUGCAGGUGAAACCAUCUUCACAGCCAGUGGUUCUGUCUAUACCCAUCUGCCAUUAUGAUGAUACAGAAUCUGCCAAAGCAUCAAGACGAAAACUCAAAGAAGCCAUAUAUAAAGUACUCUUUGACAUGAAUGUCCCUGCUGUUUGUGCCAUUAAUCAGGCAACUUUAGCUUUAUAUGCAGCAAGAAGGACCUCAGGGAUUGUUGUAAACAUUGGUUUCCAGGUCACUUCUAUUGUUCCAAUUUUAAAUGGUAAAGUAAUGCGCAAGGUGGGCGUGGAAGUUAUGGGAUUGGGAGCAUUAAAGCUUACAGGAUUCCUUAGGGAGCUGAUGCAGCAGAACAAUAUCAGUUUUGAAUCACUGUACACUGUUCGGACUCUGAAAGAGAACUUAUGUUAUGUUGCUGCGGAUUAUGAAGCUGAGCUAUCUAAAAAUACUCAAGCGUCAUUUGAAGCCACUGGAGAAGGUUGGUUUACUCUUUCAAAAGAGAGGUUUCAAACAGGAGAAAUCUUAUUCCAGCCACGGCUUGCAGGAGUGCGUACUAUGGGUUUGCACCAGGCUGUUGCUCUUUGUAUGGACCAUUGUCAUUCUGCAGCACUAACAGAUGAUGAUGCUUGGUUCAAAACUGUGGUCUUGUCAGGAGGGAGUGCAUGUUUACCUGGACUUGCAGGAAGGUUAGAGAAGGAAUUACAUGGACUUCUCCCUCCAUCUGUAUCUAAAGGAAUCACAGUCAUUCCCCCUCCAUAUGGUGCAGAUACUGCAUGGUUUGGGGCCAAGCUGAUCAGCAAUCUGAGCACCUUCCCCCGUCCUUGGUGCAUGACAAGGAAGCAGUUCCGGCAGAAGUCUAAAGUCAAGCUUAUGUGGUGAAUAAUUACUCUGGAUUAUUUGUUUGAGAACUGCCGUGGCCUAUACAAGAUAUGAAGAGGUUAUGGUGGAACUCCAAGGUUAUUUUCUUAUAACUUCCCACAGAAAACAGAGAGACAAAGCAGAGAGAGGCUCUUUUGAAGAACAGGCUGAAAUUUGAGAGGUUUUCUCAUUGUAUAUUAGUUAUUUAUGUCGGAGCGUGCUAUAGAAUAAGAGUAUUCUAUUAUGUAGUUUCAAUAAAUUACGAAUACCGCGAGCUUCUCUGCCAUGCCGAACGAACUGUAUGUAUCAUGAGGCUUUACUGAGCAUAUAAUUGUGUCGAGUAUUUGUAUGUCUAAAAGUGGAAUUUUUUUCGAUUU